AUGUUUUUAGUGAACAACUUUAAGAGCUGUUUCCUGUCUCUACGGGUAUCUAUAACUGAAUUUGGCCACCCACAUCCAAGUUAUCAAUGUAUAACUGUCAUAAGAGCGUUAGCAUCGAAGGAUGUUAAUUUGGAAUCUUAUAAGAAGUUAAUAUCGCUCGAAAGUCAUUACGAUCGAAUAAAUUCCCAUGAACUGUCAAACACUAUUCGCUUUAUUAAAAGAUUUUUCAAAACAGAUGAUAUAUUGGAGGAGGAAAUGACAAAAAUCGUCGGUAUCUUGCAGGUUAAUGGACAUGAAGUUCCGCUUACUGAUCCACCAUACGUAGCAGUUUACGAACUGACAUCAUUACUUGAGCAUAACUGUAAAGCAAAUUGCUCGAAAAGUUUCACUGAUACUGGAGGGCUGAUUAUUCAUGCUGCAGUACCUAUUGCAAAAGGAGACCACAUUUCUAUAUGUUAUACGGAUCCAUUGUGGGGUACUGCAAACAGAAGACACCAUCUUCUUAAAACAAAAUUUUUUGAAUGUACUUGUGAUCGAUGCAAGGAUCCCACAGAAUUUGGAACAAUGUUUAAUGCUUUAAAGUGCAAUCGAAUGAAUUGUCCAGGAUACAUGUUACCAAAAACUUUUUUUGAACAGGAACAGGAUUAUAUAUGCAAAAUUUGUGAAUCAAUUGUUCCUUAUGCGGAAAUUGAAAAAAUAUUAGAAAAUAUUGGUAUAUAUCUUUCAACCAUGAAGAAAAAUGACAUUAUUGCAUGUAAAGAAUUUAUAAGUCGUUACGAAAGUACUCUCCACCCAAAUCAUUUUUACAACAUUGAUGUAACGAUUGCUCUGGCUCAAUUGAUUGGACAACAAACUGGAGGAUUAGCAGCAGUAGAAAAAGAUCUUCUCAUCGAGAAAAUAGAAUUAUGCAAAAAACUGGAUAAAUUGCUCAAGACACUCGUUCCUGCUGAAAAUCGAAUUCGAGGCCUGAUUCUUUUCGAAUUACAUGCAGCCCACGCAGACCUUAGUAGGAGACAUACAGAAAUGGAGAUUUUAGUGCCAUUAUUGCAGGAGUCAAAGAAGUAUUUAGUUGAUGGCUAUCAAUUGCUGAAGUACGAACCAAAAGUUCUACCGGAAGGAAAAAUAGCUCAACAUGCAGAACAAAAUUUACACGAAAUAAAUAAGCUCUUAAAACGAUUCAAUGUAACAUAAACUUUAUCAGUACGUAGUUUGCUAAGUAAGUUCUACGUUUGGGAGUAAAUAUUAAACGAAAAACAAAACUGUAUAUAUACAUAGCCUUCGUAAGCAACAAACAUAUCGAAAUAAAAUUGUUAAAAAAAUUUUAAUAAGUAUAAUUACAAGCGGUAGUUAUCAUGUAUUAGCAUUCUUUGAUUGAGGGGUUCAUUUUUAGCACAUGUUAGAAAAAUUAACACAUGAAUCAAUGAUAUAAUUUAUAUUAACGUUCUCUUAAUUUGGUAAGUAAUUUUAGAAACUUCUAACGAAUCAACAAUCUUAGUUCUUCUGAAAGGGAUACGACGAUAGAAUAAAUUCUCCACAUGCUUUAUAUAUAUUUUGCCGGCAGCGAAAAAUACUGAAAAAAUACCGAAUGUACAACAGAGAGGGAUAUAGUAGGGGUACAAUACAGUACAGGGCGGAAACGAUAGAAAAAGAUUAAAAGUUUAUGUAUCAGGGAAUAUUACCGUUGCAACGACAAACCUUCUUUCUUUUCGGUUCCUUGUGAAAAAAGAUUUUGCUACUGACGAACCUUUUUUGAAUAAAGUGAGAUCGAACAUGA